AUGCCUGGAGUGAGCAGCAAAAGGAGGCUACAUUUUAGCAAACUGUACAGUUUUUCUUGUUUGAAAUCUCCUUUCAGAGAUGGUCAUUCCCAAAUUGGGCAGAAGGGUUACUCAAGGGUUGUGUACUGCAAUGAUCCGGAUAACCCUGAAGCAGUUCAGUUGAGUUAUGGAGGCAAUUAUGUUUCAACAACCAAGUAUACAGCUUUUAAUUUUAUCCCCAAGUCUUUGUUUGAGCAGUUCAGGAGGGUUGCAAAUAUCUACUUUCUCAUUGUUGCGUGUGUUUCAUUUAGUCCAUUGGCACCUUUUACUGCUCUAAGUAUUGUUGCUCCAUUGGUGGUUGUGAUUGGAGCUACUAUGGCCAAGGAAGCUGUGGAAGAUUGGAGGAGGAGAAAACAGGAUAUAGAAGCAAACAACCGAAAGGUUCAGGUAUAUGGUAGAAAUUAUACAUUUGUGGAGACUAGAUGGGAGAAACUCCGUGUUGGUGAUAUCAUUAAAGUGUAUAAGGAUGAGUACUUUCCUGCUGAUCUUCUUCUGCUUUCAUCAAGCUAUGGUGACGGGGUUUGUUAUGUUGAGACUAUGAAUCUUGAUGGAGAAACUAAUCUAAAACUAAAGCAUGCCUUGGAGGUGACAAUCCAUCUUCAUGAUGAAAAAUCUCUCCAAAAGUUUAGGGCUGUGGUUAAAUGUGAGGAUCCGAAUGAAAAUCUGUACUCAUUUAUUGGAACCUUACAAUAUGAUGGUAAAGACUAUCCUCUUUCCUUGCAGCAGAUCCUGUUAAGAGAUUCUAAGCUGAAAAACACUGAUUAUAUCUAUGGUGUUGUUAUCUUUACUGGCCAUGAUACAAAAGUUAUGCAGAAUUCCGUUGAUCCUCCAUCCAAGAGAAGCAAAAUUGAGAGGAAAAUGGAUAAGAUAAUCUACAUUCUCUUCAGUACCUUGGUUUUGAUAUCCUUUAUUGGUUCUGUCUUUUUUGGUGUUGAGACCAAAAGGGAUAUUAGUGGUGGAAGGUAUAGAAGAUGGUAUCUUCGUCCAGACAAUGCAACGGUGUUCUAUGAUGCUAAUAGGGCAACACUUGCGGCUGUUCUUCAUUUUUUGACAGCCAUUAUGCUGUAUGGAUAUCUAAUUCCGAUAUCACUUUAUGUCUCCAUAGAAAUUGUGAAAGUUCUGCAGAGCAUUUUCAUCAACCAAGACCAAGAAAUGUAUUAUGAAGAAUCAGAUAGGCCAGCUCAUGCACGCACAUCUAAUUUGAAUGAGGAACUUGGUCAGGUAGAUACAAUACUGAGUGACAAAACUGGUACUUUGACAUGUAAUUCAAUGGAGUUUGUCAAAUGUUCAAUAGGGGGCAUUCCAUAUGGUCGUGGUAUGACAGAAGUGGAGAAGGCACUUGCUAAGAGAGGAAAAGGAGGGGAGUCUGAUUUUGAUGGUGGAUCAUCUGAUUUCUCAGGCCAGAAUAAUGAGGCAGUGGACUCUCUGCAUCCAAUUAAGGGCUUUAACUUCAGAGAUGAGCGCAUAGUGAAUGGGCAAUGGGUUAAUGAACCAUAUCCUGAAUACAUACAGAGAUUUUUUCGAGUUUUAGCUAUUUGUCACACAGCUAUUCCAGAUGAAGAUAAAGAGUCAGGAGAAAUUUCCUAUGAAGCAGAGUCACCAGAUGAAGCAGCUUUUGUCAUAGCUGCAAGGGAGCUCGGUUUUGAGUUUUUUGCAAGGACACAAACAAGCAUAUCAUUGCACGAGCUGAAUUAUGAAAGUGGAAAAAAGGUUGACAGAGUGUACCAGCUUCUGCAUGUCUUAGAGUUCAGCAGUUCCCGCAAAAGAAUGUCAGUGAUAGUGAGGAACGAUGAAAAUCAAUUAUUGCUCUUAUGCAAGGGUGCAGACAGCGUAAUGUUUGAAAGACUCUCACAACAUGGAAGACAGUUUGAGGCUGAAACCAGGGAUCAUAUCAAAAGAUAUGCCGAGGCUGGUUUAAGGACCCUGGUAGUCACAUAUCGUGAACUUGAUGAAGAAGAAUAUAAAUUAUGGGACAAGGAGUUUUCAAGGAUCAAAGCUUCUAUAACAGAAGAUCGAGAUACACUGGUGGAUGCAGCUGCUGAUAAGAUGGAAAGAGAUUUGAUACUUCUUGGUGCUACUGCAGUUGAGGAUAGACUGCAAAAGGGGGUUCCUGAGUGUAUUGAAAAGCUUGCGCGGGCAAAAAUCAAAUUAUGGGUAUUGACCGGAGACAAGAUGGAAACUGCAGUCAACAUAGGGUAUGCUUGUAGUUUACUUAGACAAGACAUGAAACAGAUAGUGAUCACUCUUGAUUCCCCAGAUAUCCUAUACUUGGAAAAACAAGGGGACAAGCAGGCUCUAGCAAAGGCUUCUCUUGAAAGCAUUAAGAAGCAAAUUGGAGAAGGAAUAUCGCAAAUCAACUCUGCCAAAGAGAGUUCUGAUACAAAUAAAGGAAGUUCUUCUGGGUUUGGCUUGAUAAUCGAUGGGAAGUCCUUGGAUUAUUCUCUUAACAAGAAUUUGGAAAGGUCCUUCUUUGAGCUGGCCAUUAAUUGUGCUUCUGUCAUAUGUUGCCGAUCUUCACCCAAACAAAAAGCUCGUGUUACAAGAUUGGUAAAAUUGGGAACAGGGAAGACAAUAUUAUCUAUUGGUGAUGGGGCAAAUGAUGUUGGCAUGCUUCAGGAGGCUGAUAUUGGAGUUGGCAUUAGCGGUGUUGAAGGGAUGCAGGCUGUAAUGGCAAGUGAUUUUUCAAUAGCUCAAUUCCGGUUUCUUGAGCGGUUGUUGUUGGUACAUGGCCAUUGGUGUUAUCGGCGUAUAUCAAUGAUGGCAUAUGCUUCUUUCUCUGGUCAAGCUGCUUACAAUGAUUGGUACAUGUCAUUUUACAAUGUCUUCUUCACUUCACUUCCAGUAAUCGCUCUAGGUGUUUUUGAUCAGGAUGUUUCCGCCAAACUUUGCCUAAAGUAUCCCUUUCUAUAUCUAGAGGGAGUAGAAGACAUUCUGUUCAGUUGGCCCCGGAUUCUUGGCUGGAUGUUGAAUGGAGUCCUUAGUUCUUUAGUGAUCUUCUUCUUAACCACUAAUUCUGUCUUGAAUCAAGCCUUCAGAAGAGAUGGUAAGGUGGUUGAUUUUGAAAUACUUGGGGUCACAAUGUAUACAUGUGUGGUGUGGACUGUGAAUUGCCAAAUGGCACUAUCCAUCAACUACUUUACUUGGAUACAACAUUUUUUUAUAUGGGGCAGUAUCGCCUUCUGGUAUGUAUUUGUGUUGAUCUAUGGUUACCUCUCCCCAGAAAUAUCCACAACAGCUUACAGGGUUUUUGUGGAGGCAUGCGCUCCCAGUGGUCUAUAUUGGCUAGUUACCCUUUUGGUUGUUGUGUGUGUGCUUCUACCUUAUUUCUCCUAUAGGUCUUUCCAAAGUCGGUUUCUUCCAAUGUACCAUGAUAUUAUACAGAGAAAACAAGUAGAAGGGAUUGAAAUAGGCUUAUCUGAUGAUGAGUUACCUAAAAAGGUCCAGGGCAAACUAAUACACCUGAGAGAGAGAUUGAAGCAAAGGGAGUUGUGA